AUGGCCGAAUCAUCUAACAUAAUUUUCGAAGACCGAUUCACAGUAGAGACAGUUGAUAAAGAUGGAAAGAAGUUCGAUCGAGUAUCAAGGAUAACAGCUCCUUCUCACAAUCUCAACAUGUCCCUCACCCUUGACUUAGCCAACGAACUGUAUCCACUGGAAGUAGGCGAGAUGUUCACCUUGGCUAUAGCUCGAACGUUGGUUCCUGAGGAAUUGAAUACAGAGGAAGAUGAGGAAAACGAAGAUGGACAAGGACAGUCUACGAAGAAGAUAAAGAGAGAAUUGUGGAGAUCUGAAAAUAUGGGAUUGGGGGAGGAUUACGAUUAUGUCAUGUAUGGAAAGAUCUACAAAUUUGACGACUCAGCACAGGGCGAUAAUCAAACCACCGCAUACUUCUCUUUUGGUGGUUUGCUCAUGGCUCUCAGAGGAUCGUACCGACAUCUCGCUAGUGUGGUAGUUGGGGAGAACGUAUAUUUACUUAUGAGGAAGUAA